AUGAUCUUUGUCGAUACCGACUCAGUGCUGAGCUAUGUAGUGCUGGUGCUGAUUUGCUUGGUUCUGUACUUGCUCUGGUUUGUCGCUACCAAUGGAACACGCUACUGGAAGCACGCCCAGUUGCCCUACAUCGUAGGAUGGCCGGUGGUGGGAAAUUUUCUUGAAGCCGUUCUAAUGCGAAAAUCAAUGUUCGAUUUGAUGGAGGCACUGUAUACAGAUAGCCACGUCAAGGGCAGCCGCUUGUUUGGCGUGUGUAGAUUGGUCACACCUACAGUCAUUGUGCGCGAUCCGGAGCUUAUCAGACAGAUGCUUAUCAAAGAUGCAACAUUCUUCAUCAACCGCACCAUGUGCACCGAUCCGCAUAGCGAUCCGAUCGGAUACUACAACCUUCUGAUGAUUCAAAAUCCAGCUUGGAAGCAGCUACGCUCUUACUUGACACCGACACUUAGUUUAAGUAAAAUAAAACAGAUGUAUCCACUGCUUGAGCAGGUCGCCGAUGAUAUGGUCGGGUCGGUCAAUGUGCUGCCUAUAAUCCGAUCAAGUGUUCGAGAGACGGAGUUCAAGGAGUUGUCGGCACGCUUCACCACCGACGUCAUCGCCAGCACGUUUUUCGGCAUUCAAGCGAACUGCCUUAAGGACGAAACCUCCGAGUUUCGUUACUACGGUCGUAAAAUAUUCGACUACGGACCGGCACGUGGCAUGGCGAUGGCAUCGUUUUUCUUCAUGCCGGAAAUUGUACCUUACCUUCGAUUGAAACUGUUCCCACGAGACACGGAAGCGUUCCUUAAAUCGAUCAUCACGCAGGAGAUCGCUCGGCGGGAGGCGAGCGGUGAAAACAGGGGAGACUUUAUCGAUUCCAUGAUUACACUACAGAAAAACAAUGCCUUCAUCGGUGUGAACGAGAAGAUACCGCUCAAAGGAGAUCUACUUGUUGCCCAAGCAGCUACCUUUUACAUGGCCAGUUUCGAAACAACGUCUUCGGUGCUUUCUUUUGCGCUAUAUGAGCUUACAAAACAUUCCGACAUACAGGCGCGUCUUCGGGAGGAAAUACGCGACAUGGUUGAUAAGUAUGGUAAAAACAUCCCCUACGAAGCGUUGGCAAAUGAAAUGCCCUACCUCGGUAUGGUCAUUUCUGAAACGGCACGUUUGUACCCGGUCCUGCCAUUCCUCGAACGACGGUGUACGCUUCCGGAAGGAGUAUCCGGCUACAAACUGGAGCCGUUCCACGAGUUUGUCGUUCCGAACGGUAUGCCCGUGCUGAUACCGAUCCAUGCCAUUCAUCGCGAUCCGAAGUACUUCCCCAACCCACUCAAGUUUAACCCGGAACGCUUCGCUAAGGAAAACCUGGAUCAAAUACAGCCCUGCACGUACAUGCCGUUCGGUGUAGGGCCGCGCACCUGCCUGGGAUCUCAUUUCGGGACGCUACAGAUAAAAAUCGCACUCGUCAAGUUGCUCUCCAAGUAUCGCAUCGAUCGUUCACCAUCCACUCCAGAGGUUUUGACCUACAAGAAAAAUGCGUUUACUCUACAAUCCAACGAAGGGCUGCACGCUGACUUGGUAGAAGAUGAUAUGUUCCAUCAGAUUGGUCAUCAGAGCUCUGUUCAUGGAACUUUUGUUCAUCGGGACGCUACGACCGCAGGCGAUUACACGACAGCUCAAGUUUUACGAACACAAUCAGCGAUGGAUAUUAAUGGAGACAUCAUCCAGAUCGAAACAAUGAUCUUUGUCGAUACCGACUCAGCGCCGAGCUAUGUAGUGCUGGUGCUGAUAUGCUUGGUUCUGUACUUGCUCUGGUUUGGCGCUACCAAUGGAACACGCUACUGGAAGCACGCCCAGUUGCCCUACAUCGUAGGAUGGCCGGUCGUGGGAAAUUUUCUUGAAGCCGUUCUAAUGCGAAAAUCAAUGUUCGAUUUGAUGGAGGCACUGUAUACAGAUAGUCACGUCAAGGGCAGCCGCUUGUUUGGCGUGUGUAGAUUGGUCACACCUACAAUCAUUGUGCGCGAUCCGGAGCUUAUCAGACAGAUGCUUAUCAAAGAUGCAACAUUCUUCAUGAACCGAACCGUAUGCACCGAUCCGCAUAACGAUCCGAUCGGAUACUACAACCUUCUGAUGAUUCAAAAUCCAGCUUGGAAGCAACUACGCUCCUACUUGACACCGACACUUAGUUUAAGUAAAUUGAAGCAGAUGUAUCCACUGCUUGAGCAGGUCGCCGAUGAUAUGGUCGGGUCGGUCAAUGUGCUGCCUAUAAUCCGAUCAAGUGUUCGAGAGACGGAAUUCAAGGAGUUGUCGGCACGCUUCACCACCGACGUCAUCGCCAGUACGUUCUUCGGCAUGCAAGCGAACUGCCUUAAGGACGAAACCUCCGAUUUUCGUUACUACGGUCGUAAAAUAUUCAACUACGGACCGGCGCGUGGUAUGGCGAUGGCAUCGUUUUUCUUCAUGCCGCAAAUCGUACCUUACCUUCGAUUGAAACUGUUCCCGCGAGACACGGAAGCGUUCCUUAAAUCGAUCGUCACGCAGGAGAUCGCUCGGCGGGAGGCGAGCGGCGAAAGCAGAGGAGACUUUAUCGAUUCCAUGAUUACACUACAGAAAAACAAUGCAUUCAUCGGUGUGAACGAGAAGAUACCGCUCAAAGGAGAUCUACUUGUUGCCCAAGCAGCUACCUUUUACAUGGCCAGUUUCGAAACAACGUCUUCGGUGCUUUCUUUUGCGCUAUAUGAGCUUACAAAACAUUCCGACAUACAGGCGCGUCUUCGGGAGGAAAUACGCGACAUGGUUGAUAAGUAUGGUAAAAACAUCCCCUACGAAGCGUUGGCAAAUGAAAUGCCCUACCUCGGUAUGGUCAUUUCUGAAACGGCACGUUUGUACCCGGCCCUGCCAUUGCUCGAACGACGUUGUACGCUUCCGGAAGGGGUAUCCGGCUACAAACUGGAGCCGUUCCACGAGUUUGUCGUUCCGAACGGUAUGCCCGUGCUGAUACCGAUCCAUGCCAUUCAUCGCGAUCCGAAGUACUUCCCCAACCCACUCAAGUUUGACCCGGAACGCUUCGCUAAGGAAAACCUGGAUCAAAUACAGCCCUGCACGUACAUGCCGUUCGGUGUAGGGCCGCGCACCUGCGUGGGAUCCCUUUUUGCGACGCUACAGAUAAAAAUCGCACUCGUCAAGUUGCUCUCCAAGUAUCGCAUCGAUCGUUCACCAUCCACUCCAGAGGUUUUGACCUACAAGAAAAUUGCGUUUACUCUACAAUCCAACGAAGGGCUGCACGCGGACUUAGUAGAAGAUGAUAUGUGAUAUCAAUAAGUCAACUUUAAUGUCUUUUGUUUUCAAAAUUAACGCUCUUAUUAUUUCAUUACAAUAAGUGAAUAGCAUCUCCGAGAAACGACCGGUUCAAAUAAUUUUACAAGAAAACUGCGUUCAUUGCCUCUUACAUCGACGUAAUGACGUAAAAGUCAUUUAAAAUUAGGUAUGGGUUAUAUUUGUCGUAAUUUGUUCUAUUCAGUCAAAUUGCAAGCUUUGUUAGAAAACAUAAUUGUUUUUUAAAAUAACGUCAACAAGCAAAACAUGUUCUAUGGUACGGACUCUACAUGCACAGUUGAGUAGAGAUUUGAAUCUGUUUGUUUUUUUUUUCAUAGAAGUUAAUGCGUAGUAUCAAGUUAAUUAAGUCAUACAUAGUAUUGGUGAAUAGAUUGAACCAGCGAUAAUUCCCAUCCA